CAAGUCCCACACCUCAAGUCUCAACUAUCUUCUCUCUUUUUUACACACACCAAAAAAACUCAAUAGACUAAUUACAGAAGAAAAUGUCAGAGGCUAAUGCAUAUGCAGCUCUAACCAAGGCUUUCUCAGGACUUGGUGUGGAUGAGAAUUUAUUCAUCUCAUUAUUGGGAAGAUGGAAUCCCCAUCAGAGGGCAUCCUACAGGGUAAGCACCCCUGGAUUCUUCACAGAAGAUGAACGUCAAUUCCAGAGAUGGAAUGAUCAACAUAUCCUUCAGCUUCGUCAAGAAUUUUUGCGUCUUAAGGAUGCAGUGGUGCUGUACACAAUGCACCCAUGGGAAAGGGAUGCUCGUUUGUUUAAGGAGGCAUUGUUGUUGAAAGUACCUCAACAUAAUGUUCUCAUUGAGACUGCUUGCACUCGAUCCUCUGAGGACCUUUUGGGUGCGAGGAAAGCCUAUCACUCCCUUUUUGAACACUCAAUUGAGGAAGACAUUGCUCACCAUAUCAAAACUCACGAAAGAAAGCUUCUAGUUGCUCUUGUGAGUUCCUACCGUUAUGAAGGGCCAAGAGUGAAUGAAGAUCUUGCAAAAGCUGAGGCAAAGGUGUUUGUGAAUGCAAUAAAAGAUGCUAAGAAGAAGCUGAUUGAGAAUGAAGAGAUUGUGAGGAUCCUCUCACACAGAAGCAAGCUCCAUCUUAAGGCCAUCUAUAACCACUACAAGGAAUUGACCGGCAACUUCUUGGACGAGGAUCUUGAUGGUGAAUUGAUCUCGAAACAAGUAGUCCAAUGCCUUUGUGCACCACAAGCAUACUUCAGCAAGAUUUUGAUCGCGUCCUUAAGAUUGGAUGUGGAUGAAACUGCCAAAGACUCAGUGACUCGAGUCAUAGUUACAAGAGCAGACGACAAUGAUAUGAAGCUAAUCAAAGAAGAAUUCCACAGCAAAUAUGGAACUACCUUGGCUGGCAAGAUUGAAGAAGUUGCUAAUGGAAGCUACAAGGAUUUCUUGCUCACCAUAAUUGCAAAAUCUGACUAAUUAAUUUAGGCCAGAUUUUGGCAUAUCCAAAUUUUCCGUCAGUUGUUCCAUGUUCUCAAAUGCUUUUAUAUUUUCCCCUUUGCUUUAAUUUGUUUUGAUUUCCUUUGCUCAAUUUAUGUAUGGUUUCAAUGUUUCCAUUUCAAAUGAGUAAUUUCAACUUUAAUCUCAAAU